UAACUUAUUUCUAUAUCAGAGACAGUUGUCAUUCAGAGAUGUGGCCAUUGAUUUCUCUCCAGAGGAGUCUGAAUGCCUGGACCCCGCACAGUGGGAUUUGUAUAGUGAUGUGAUGUUAGAGAAUUACAGCAACCUUGUCUCUCUAGGUCUUGCUUUCUCUAAGCCAUAUCUGAUCACACUUCUGGAACAAAGAAAACAGCCUUGGGAGGUGAAGCAUCAAGCAGCAGUAGCCAUAUAUCCAGGAACAAAACCUUAUAAAUGUAAAGAAUGUGACAAGGCCUUUGUUCGGAACUCACUCCUUAUUCAACACCAGAGAAUUCAUACUGGAGAAAAGCCCUACAAAUGUGAACAAUGUGGCAAAACUUUUAGCUGUUCUUCAAGCCUCACCCCGCAUCAAAGAAUUCAUACUGGAGAGAAGCCCUACAAAUGUGAACAAUGUGGUCAGGCAUUUAACUGUUCUUCACACCUGUAUAAGCAUCAAAGAAUUCAUACUGGAGAGAAACCCUAUAAAUGCACAGAAUGUGGCAAAGCUUUUAACUGGUCUUCUAGCCUUACCCAACAUCAAAGAAUACAUACUGGAGAGAAACCCUACAAAUGUGAAGAAUGUGGCUUGGCCUUUAAUUGUUCUUCACACUUGUAUAGGCAUCAGAGAAUUCAUACAGGUGAGAAACUUUACAAAUGCACAGAAUGUGGCAAGGCCUUUAACUGUUCUUCAUACCUUAAUUAUCAUCAGAUACUUCAUACUGGAGAUAAACCCUACAAGUGUAAAGAAUGUGGCAAAGCUUUUACCAUGGUCUCUUACCUUACUCGACACCAGAGAAUUCAUACUGGAGAAAAACCCUAUAAGUGUAAAGAAUGUGACAAAGCCUUUAAUAAUUGUUCAGCCCUCAUUCAACACCAAAGAAUUCAUACUGGAGAGAAACCCUACAAAUGUGAAGAAUGUGGCAAAGCCUUUAAUAAUAGUUCAAGCCUUACUCAUCACCAAAGAAUUCACACUGGAGAGAAACCCUACAAGUGCAAAGACUGUGGCAAGGCCUUUAACUCGUCUUCACACCUGAAUUAUCAUCAAAGAAUUCAUACUGGAGAGAAACCCUAUAGAUGUGAAGAAUGUAGCAAAGCCUUUAAUAAUUUUUCAGCCCUUAUUCAACACCAAAGAAUUCACACUGGAGAGAAACCAUAUAAGUGUGAGAAAUGUGGCAAAGCAUUUAAUAAUUGCUCAGCUCUCAGUCAACACCAAAGAAUUCACACUGGAGAAAAACCCUACAAGUGCAAAGAAUGUUGCCAGGGCUUUAGCUGUUCUUCAAAUCUUAAACAACACCAAAGAAUUCAUACUAUAGAAAAACUCUACAAAUAUGAAGGUUAUGGCGAAGCUUUUAAUAAUGGUAAAGCCCUUAAUACCAAAAAAUCCAUACAAACUGGAGAGAACCCCUGUAAGUGCAGAGAGGAUGGCAAAUUUGUGCAGUGGUUCCUGGAGGAGUGUGUAGACUGCCUGGAGCAGGACAGCAGGGGCAGCAUUCUGCGGUUCACGCCCUUUACCACCGUGUUGGAACUGCUAAAGGUGUCUGCCAUGUCCAGCCCCAAGGUAGUGCUGGCCAUCACACACCUCAGCCUGCCCCUGGGCCGUCAAGUGGCUGCCAAAGCCAUCUCUGCACUCUUGAGUCGCUUGGAGUGGCCUUGA